CGGACGAACUAAUAGAUGCAGUUGAAGACCAGAGUUUCUGAACACACAUCAGAAUUUACAUCAGGAGAAAUACAGCUACUCAUUCGGUUGUUACUGAAUUAUCACAGAAAUGGCGCUAGAGACAUUGACAUGGCUGAAUCUAAGCUUCGUGGAAAAGAUUCUGCGAAAAUCGGAAGAUGAUAACUCGAUCCAGAUGAUCGAUAUAUGUUCGGAACCAGCCACGAGCAAAGGUGACAACUACACCAGUGAUAUGAUUAGGAUUAUUGCCAAAUACUCGCGUGAUCAAGGCAGCUGUAGUAUUAAAGAGAAAAUAUCAAUUAUCCUUAAAAUCUUGCCUAAACUCGGAAGUAUCCGACAAAAAUUGGUCAUAGAAUCAGGUCUUUUUCACACCGAAAUGUCGAUGAUGUCAAAUACAUUGAAUAAAAUGAAUAAGUUGUUAGAGCCAAAGUAUCGCUUGAGCGGGAAGACUCUCUAUGUGCAAAAUGAAAAUCCAAUGCUUCUGGCUAUCGAAGAUCUCACGUCUCUCGGCUUUCGAAUGGCCAAUCGUUUGUCUGGUCUUGACCUAGAUCAUUCCAUAUUGGCGCUUCGCAAUCUUGCCAGAUUUCAUGCAGCCUCCGUAGCCCUAUGCGAGAAAGAACCAAAGCAAAAAGGAAUGUAUUCGAAAGGACAAUUUAACAAGCAACAAUCAUCAGAAAUGAAGGAUAUUUUCAUUAAGUGUACUAAAGGUUUAGCAGAAGAGAUUGCACAUUGGCCUGAAGUAAAACAAUACUCGGAAAAAAUAGCUAAACUCUCCGAUCACAUAUAUCAAAUAGGAAUUGAUGCAACAAAGCUUUGUAAAGAAGAAUUUAAUGUUAUUAUUCACGGUGAUUUUCAUGUGAACAAUAUGUUGUUCAGAUAUAAUAAUGAAGAAAAACCUAUUGAUCAUAUUUUUGUAGACUUCCAAAUGUGCGUUUACGCAACGCCGGCACUCGAUUUAUUAUUUUUUCUCAAUACAAGUCCUUCCUUGGAUAUUAUGGAAAACAAGAAAAAUAUUCUAUUAAAUGAAUAUUUUAGCACCUUGUCGGCGACUAUGAAGGAAUUGAAUUGCAAGACGCCGCCGCCUACUAUGAAGGAAUUGAAAGCUACCAUGAAGCAAAAAGCUGACUAUGGAAUGAUAAUAUUCUUCGUCGUUUUACCAUUUAUGCUGUGCUGUAAAACUGAGGCAAAAGAUUUGGAUGAAUUAUUGAGCACUGGUAUAAAUCCAGGUAUCAAGAGCGAGAUUUAUAAAAAGUUGAUGAUAAAAAGACUGCCACUGUAUGACGAAUGGGGUUUAUUGGAUCUCUAAUGUAUACUUUACCUUUUAGUGAUAAAAUAUAAAAAUGGAAAUACAAAUAUAAAUAA